GCGGGCGGGGGCGCAGUGCGGCCCGGAGGGGUGUGUGCUGGGGGCCGGAGGCGGUGGCUGUCACAGUCGGCUCAGCCUGCGCCAGGGAACAUUGACCGCCUGCAGCUCCCAGCGGCGCCGGAACUACAACAGCUGUGGCCUCCAAAAUAGCGCCCCUGCCUUUGCAGCCGGGAUCUCCCGAGCUCCGGGAACACAAACGUCCUGGCUGGCCCUUCAGUCCCCUCUGUGAUGUUCAGUCCCCCACACCCUCCACCCCCUACCCCAAGCUCCUGGCGGCGGGGAGCGCUGGCCUCUUCUCGGUCUUUACUGACCCCCGCUGGCGGCGACGUGCGCUGCAACAUGGGGGCUCAUGGUAGGCGGAGCUCAGAUUCUUGGGGAGCCCCUCAAAGAACUGGCAAGACAGUUGGCUGGAGUCAGGCGAGAGGGGUGCGGCUGAAGAGAAGCAAACCGGUACCAAAGCGCUGUACCAGGAAGAAGAUGAGGCGGGACAGGGUGGGACCGGGUGUGGACUAGGUAGGAUUUGGGGUGCCUCAGGACCUGGGGCUCUCAAUACUUUGAAUGCCCAACCCACUCCCCGAGGGCCUUGGCUUUUGCCAACCCAGGAGAGACUUGGGCUGCUCUUUCUUGCCACUUGCAAGCACCCGGAUCAACCCCGCCCGUCUAUAAGGGCUCCGCCCCUGUCCUGUGGCCUGUUCGUGGACUGCGGCCUUUCCAACACUACACUGUAUGCAGUGGGUCCCAAUCCAGGGCACAGAGGCAGGGGAAGGAGGUGAGAGGUGUUUGGAGCCUGUUGGUCAGGGGAAGGUAUGCAUUAGCAGGCCUUAUCUGUAUUCUCUGCACUUGGUCUGCUAUGGCUGUACGUGUCUGAUCUGGCUUCCCUUGGGUCUGUCUGCCUGUGUCUUCUAACUUGCCUCCAUUUCUCCCCUCCCUUUGCCAGCCUGCCCCACCUCUUCUGCAGUUCCUUGAUAACCCUUGAGCAAGACUUUUACUUAAUCUAAGCACUGCCUCCCAUCUUCUUCACGCUCUAUGUUUCUUUCUCCCAGCAGACACUCGCCUGUCCUGGCAGUCAUGAGGCCCCCCUGGUAUCCCCUGCACACACCCUCCCUGGCUUCUCCACUCCUCCUCCUCCUCCUCUCCCUCCUAGGAGGAGGGGCAGGGGCUGAGGGCCGGGAAGACCCAGAGCUGCUGGUGAGGGUUCGAGGGGGCCAGCUGAGGGGCAUCCGCCUGAUGGCCCCUGGGGGCCCAGUCUCGGCUUUUCUGGGUAUCCCCUUCGCAGAGCCACCUGUGGGCCCUCGUCGAUUUAUGCCACCGGAGCCCAAGAGGCCUUGGUCAGGAGUGCUAGAUGCUACCACCUUCCAGAAUGUCUGCUACCAAUACGUGGACACCCUGUACCCUGGGUUUGAGGGUAGUGAGAUGUGGAACCCCAACCGGGAGUUAAGUGAGGACUGCCUGUAUCUUAAUGUGUGGACACCGUACCCUCGGCCAGCAUCCCCCACCCCUGUCCUCAUCUGGAUUUAUGGGGGUGGUUUCUACAGUGGAGCAUCCUCUUUGGACGUGUAUGAUGGCCGUUUCCUGGCCCAGGCUGAGGGGACUGUGUUGGUAUCCAUGAACUAUCGAGUGGGAACCUUUGGUUUCUUAGCCCUGCCCGGCAGCCGAGAAGCCCCUGGCAACGUGGGUCUGCUGGAUCAACGGCUUGCCUUGCAGUGGGUGCAAGAGAAUAUUGCAGCCUUUGGGGGGGACCCCAUGUCGGUGACUUUGUUUGGGGAGAGCGCAGGGGCUGCCUCCGUGGGCAUGCACCUGCUGUCCCCACCCAGCCGGAGCCUAUUCCACAGGGCUGUCCUGCAGAGCGGGACACCCAAUGGACCCUGGGCCACCGUGGGUGUGGGAGAGGCCCGGCGCAGGGCCACACUGCUGGCCCGGCUCGUGGGCUGUCCCCCAGGUGGCGCUGGUGGCAAUGACACAGAGCUGGUAGCCUGCCUGCGAACACGGCCAGCUCAGGAUCUGGUGGACCACGAGUGGCAUGUACUGCCUCAAGAAAGUAUCUUCCGUUUUUCCUUUGUGCCUGUGGUGGACGGAGACUUCCUCAGUGACACGCCUGAGGCCCUCAUCAAUGCUGGAGAUUUCCAAGGCCUGCAGGUACUGGUGGGUGUCGUGAAGGAUGAGGGCUCCUAUUUCCUGGUUUAUGGGGCCCCAGGCUUCAGCAAAGACAAUGAAUCUCUCAUCAACCGGGCCCAGUUCCUGGCUGGAGUGCGAGUUGGGGUCCCCCAAGCCAGUGACCUAGCAGCAGAGGCUGUGGUCCUGCAUUACACAGACUGGCUGCACCCUGAGGACCCGGCCCGCCUGAGGGAUGCCAUGAGUGCUGUGGUAGGCGAUCACAAUGUCGUGUGUCCGGUGGCCCAGCUGGCUGGGCGACUGGCUGCCCAAGGAGCCCGGGUCUAUGCUUAUGUCUUUGAGCACCGUGCCUCCACACUGUCCUGGCCCCGCUGGAUGGGGGUGCCCCAUGGCUACGAGAUUGAGUUCAUCUUUGGGCUCCCCCUGGACCCCUCACUGAACUAUACCAUGGAGGAGAGACUCUUUGCUCAGCGACUGAUGAGAUACUGGACCAAUUUCGCUCGCACAGGGGACCCCAAUGACCUUCGCGAUUCCAGGUCCCCACAGUGGCCACCAUACACCACCGGAGCCCAGCAAUAUGUGAGCCUGAACCUGCAGCCGCUGGAGGUGCAGCAGGGACUACGUGCCCAGACCUGCGCCUUCUGGAACCGCUUUCUCCCCAAAUUGCUUAGCGCCACCGACACGCUGGACGAGGCGGAGCGCCAAUGGAAGGCCGAGUUCCACCGCUGGAGCUCCUACAUGGUGCACUGGAAGAACCAGUUCGACCACUACAGCAAGCAGGAUCGCUGCUCAGACCUGUGACCCCGGGGGACCUCAAGCACCCCUCCCCAACCCCGUCCGGCCCCCUACCUGUAUAUACUAUUUAUUUGUGGGCUGGGAUAUAACACCGUUGAGCCCCAGACCCUGUCCAUCCCACCCCAACUGGUCCCCCGCUCGGGGUUCCCUGCCCUCUGCAUGUCUCAGGCCGAACUCCCUUCCCCGCGGUGCCUUCGCCCCUCUGGGCUGCCAAUAAACUGUUACAGCCACCA